GCAGGCAGUAGCCUCUCAACUCCUCCUCUCACUGGAUGGUCGGAGUCAACAGCAACCCGAAGGGGCAGCUGAGGCGACUACUGGCGGAGUCACCGCCGGUGGCGAGCAGGUUGUGGGGCUCCUCUUGUCUCUUGGGAGUGUGUCCAUGGCCCUGCGUAAAGCUGUGGAUGCGGGGAGCCCAGAUUCCAUUCAAAGAUGCAUCAGUGCUGUCAUCUACAGUGCGGCUGAUGUGGAGGAUGCGGCAAAUGAUCUUAUACGU